CGCAUUCGAUUCAGGUCCGAGUCACCCGAUCCGUGCACGGGAUCCGAACGCAGCCUCCGCCUAGCUCGCUUAGGUCAUAGCCGCGGAAUCGGUGGCGAAGCUCAGAUUACUUCCGUCGCUGUCUUCGUUCGCGAGUGGUGGAGUUCUUGGUUGAAGGUACAAUCACUAGAGAGAGAGAGAGAGAGAGAGAGAUGAAUGCGUUCAGGUUAGCGGGGGAUAUGACCCAUCUCUUCAGCAUCAUAUUGCUCCUUCUCAAGAUCCGGACCACGAAAUCUUGUGCCGGCAUAUCACUUAAGACUCAAGAGUUGUAUGUCAUCAUAUUCAUCGCACGAUAUCUUGACUUGUUCACAAAGUAUUAUUCACUCUAUAACUCUAUGAUGAAAGUUGUAUUCCUUGGCACCUCCAUUUGCAUAGUUUGGUAUAUGCGAUACCAUAAAGUUGUUAGGCAGACAUACAACAAGAAUGAAGAUACUUUCCAGCAUUUUUUCCUCUUGGUACCAUGUUUUGUGUUGGCUCUUCUGAUACAUCAUUCGUUUACCAUCAUCGAGAUUUUAUGGACAUUCUCAAUUUAUCUUGAAGCUGUUGCAAUCUUACCGCAAUUGGUUUUGUUGCAAAGGUCAAGAAACAUAGACAAUUUGACAGGAAACUAUGUUUUCUUUCUUGGGGCUUAUAGGGCGUUGUACUUGUUGAAUUGGAUGUAUCGAUUCUUCACUGAGAACCACCAGUUUCGCUGGAUACCUUGGCUAUCUGGACUGGUUCAAACGGCUCUUUAUGCCGAUUUCUUUUACUACUACAUAAUGAGUUGGAAGAAUCGAGAAAAAUUCAAGCUUCCUGCUUGACAGAUAAAGGUUGAGCAUCCGAUUCUGCCUUGAGAAAGUUGUUUCUUGCUCACUUCUGGAUCGUAAUAGCAGUUCCUAGUUCAACAAAUUCCAGCACAACUAAUCACAAGUGUCUGUUGCUCAGCCGGAUUUCUUCAUUUGAUGAACUAGAUGACUGCUUCGUGGGCCAAUGAUAUCUUUUUUUUUAAUCGACUAAUUGAAUGUACUUGAACAAAUAAUAUCAACUACAGGUUGUUCUAAUAUGAUUAUAAUAUCAUAUUUCACAGGCCAUUAGCAUCCACAACAACAAUACUAUGCCAUUGACACUCGUUUUGACA